GCGCUGACAAGCAGCCAACCGAUGCACCUCCUGUCCACUGCACUGGGGCUAUAUGGUUGGGAGCAAAGAACUUAGUUUCAUUCAGCUGUCGCCCAACCGGGAACUACGUUUCAAAUGCACCAUUCAACUGUCAUUCUUCAGUCACGUGACGCAUGUACUGAUUCCUCGGGAAGGACUGCCGCUUGGUGCAACGACGAGUGCUGAUUGGCCCAGCGCUAGAAACAGCGCACUUCCUGUCAAGUCUGUGGGCAAUUGACACAUCAGGCAAUGAGCCCAUGUUGUUUCCGUGGUCGUGAUAGCGAACAUCCGCUACGAACUGACCAGAGAGUACAUAAAGCAAAGGUUUCGAGCUUAUUACCAUCUCUGGUGGUAUCGUCAUACCAGCGUCAGUCAGACGUACCGAGAUAUAUUCUCUUUGCCCGUAAACAAUCCGGUCAGAGUGAACGAGUUUGAAGAUUACAAAUUUCUUGAGUGGCAGCUUUUUUCCAGUGGACAUCGACGACCACCAUGUCUCAGCAAGCCGAAUCCCACGAGAGCACCAUUCAUCAAAUUACUCUAGAUGGACUAGACCUUCUGCAGAAGACCCUCCAGAAGCCUUCGAGUGAGGAACAGCAAUUCCUUGACCUGGGCUGUGGCAUAGGUGAUGUCACGCGUGAAGCGCUUCUUCCACGCUGUCUUCCCGUCGGCAAAAUCGUUGCCGCGGACGUCUCCAAGGACAAGAUUGAGACCGCCAAGAAGGACUUCGCCCAUCCCAAGAUUUGCUACGACGUUCUCGAUGCUCUAGCGGAUGACGUAUCCGCCUUUGUGAAGAAGUACGGUCAAUUUGAUCGAGUCUACGCCAUCUUCCUUUUCAACUGGGUGAAGGACCAAGAGAGAGGAUUCAAAAACGUGUUCAAAUUGUUGAAGCCCGGUGGCGAAUGUCUAUUCAUGUUCUAUGCUUCCAGUUUCCACCUUCAGUUUCGUAAGAAGUUGGCCAGGACGGAACGUUGGAAAAAAUAUGCGGCGAUUUGUGAAAAUACCACCCCUGACACCGUAGACCUGGUUGGAAACGAAUCUCGUAUUUCCUACAUUGAACGACUCUUGAAAGGCACCAAUUUGAUCCCGACCUUUUGUGAUGUCAUAACGGAAAUAUCAACGCGUUAUGGCACUAAAGAGGACGUUACACGAGAACUGAUGGAGAUCAACCCGCUCACAGCCAAAAUAAGCAAGGAAGAAAUGCCGUUUCUUCGAGAGGAGGUGAUGAAGGAAGCGGACAGACUGUGGGCCGAAAAAGAAGCCGGUGGAUCUCCACUUGACUACCCUGUGUACAUUGUUCGCGCGUCCAAGAUUAUUUGAUGAGAUGAACUAUAAGAUAUGACCGACAGCUGGAUGCUGCGAGAACCUCUUUUUAAGCUUGGAUGAAGCAGAGAACUAACGAAUGGUUGUACGCUUUUCUCGAAGAUUUGAUAGCAAGCCGGCUGAGUCGACAUAAUCGCCAUCUCGCUAAGUCACGUUGGUUUUUCGCUUUUCUUUGAGGUGGCGGUAAACAAUUAAGACAAAAACGAAUUUUCAAAUAAAUGUCUUUGGUUUUUAGCAAUGA